CUGCCUUCGGAACUGUUCCGGUUUAUGUCCUCCAGAGAUUUUGCUACAGACUUUCAGAAGGCUUUGCUUUUGCAGCUUUCAAGCGGAGUGCUGAACAUUCACAGAUUUGUUAGAUAAAGUCUCUGCAUGGAUGAACCAUUUCUCCAGAGACCCUAAUUGUAAGAAAAGGGUUUAAGACGCCCCAGUAGUCCUUUUGAGGCGAGGUAACUAUGAACAAAAGGUAGAAAAUUUCUCUCGUUUCCACAAAAAGUGGGCCUGAGCGGAAAUCGUUACCUGCAAAGAAGAAGCUGAAUUCCUCUCCCUCUUCCCCAUUUAUGGGCUACUCCAAGGUGUGAAUUCAGGUAUGAAAAUGGAGAAAGCAGAGUCGACCGGCCUCAGACUAGAGAUAGAAUCAGGGCGAGCAAGAGAAGGUCAAAUGGUGACCAUCAGGCCCUGUUUCAGAGGGACAGGACUGCAGCAUGUCAAAAAGGAGCCGCAAGAUGGACUGUCGUCUCAGCGGUGGGAAGCCCAGUGGCAGGACUUCCUCAAGACAGUUCAGUUCCCUCCACCUGGAUGGCAGAACCCUCAUAUUCUAGAUGUGCCACGGAACGAUACAAAGACUUCUCUGGACCCCACCAGUGGUACAAUCAGCUCAGAGGAACAGCGUCAAAACUUCAGGAAGUUCUGCUAUCCGGAAGCCGCAGGUCCACGGGAGGUUUACAGCUGCCUACGGGAGCUUUGCCAUCAGUGGCUGAAGCCAGAGAGACACGCCAAGGAGCAGAUCCUGGAUAUGGUGAUCCUGGAGCAGUUCCUGACCGUCCUGCCCCCAGAAAUGCAGAGCUGGGUGAAGGAACGUGGAUGUGAGAGCUGCUCCCAGGCAGUGGCCCUGGCAGAGGAUUUCCUCCUAAGACAGCAGAAAGGAGAGAGCCUGGAAAAGGAGCAAGCAGGGCUAUUCCAAGAGGUGGUUGUCAGUCUCCCAGUAGAAGAGGGGCAUUGGCUGGAAAUCCCACAGAGAGAUCUGUGUGGGGAAGUCAAACAAGAGAGUCAAGGGGAUGUCACCUUAUUAGGCAGUGAGCGGCAGGGUGAAAGUGAAAAACAGCCAUGUGUAUCGUUAUCAGAAGGUGCCAAGCAACAUGGGGUAGAAGAAAAUGAUGGAGUGAAUCAAAGUGGGCAAAAACGGAAGGAGGGAAAUGUCACCAAGGAAAGAAAGAAAAAAUCCAGUGCUUAUCAAGAUGAUGAUUUACCCAAAAUCACAGCGCAUCCAAGAUUGCACAACAGGAAACGAAGGAAUAAGUGUACUGUGUGUGGGAAAGUCUUCCGAGAUGAAACUUACCUUCAUAAGCAUCAAAGAACCCACACGGGAGAGAAACCAUAUGAGUGCAUGGACUGCGGAAAGAGCUUCCGUUGGAGCUCAGACCUUCACCGGCAUUACAGAACCCACACUGGAGAAAAACCAUAUAAAUGCAUGGACUGUGGAAAAAGCUUUCGUCGGAGUUCAAACCUUCAUAGGCAUCAGCGAACCCACACUGGAGAGAAAUCCUAUGAGUGUGCUGACUGUGGGAAAAGUUUUCGUUGCAGCUCUAGCCUGAUUAGCCAUAAGCGGACGCACACUGGAGAGAAACCGUAUGAGUGCUCAGAUUGCGGGAAAAGCUUCCGUCUGAGUUCAAACCUUAUCAGCCACAAAAGAACCCACACUGGAGAGAAACCGUACGAAUGCCCAGACUGUGAGAAAUGCUUUCGUCGAAGCUCACAUCUGAACACUCACAAAAGAAUUCACACUGGACAGAAACCAUAUAAAUGCUCAGAUUGUUCCAAAACCUUUUCUGAUAGGUCCAACCUUCUUAGCCACCUGAGAAUCCACACCGGCCAGAAACCAUAUACCUGUUCAGACUGUACCAAAGCCUUUUCCAAUAAAUCCAAUCUCCUUAGCCAUCAGAGAAUCCACUCUGGGGAGAAGCCCUAUGAAUGUUUAGACUGUGGGAAAAGCUUCAGUGUGUGCCAAUAUCUCACCAGGCAUCAGAGGAGACACACAGCAGAGAAACUCUAUGAAUGCUCAGACUGUGGGAAACGAUUCAGUCAGAGCCAGUAUUUAAUUCGGCAUCAAAAACAUUCUCACAGGAGGCAAAGCAUAUGAACAGUCAGACUGAGCAGAGGAUUCUACUGGAGUUUGCACAAGUAACCCAGCCUUACCAGAUGAGAAUCAUAUCAGUGCUUGACCCUGUGAAGAGAGAAAGCUGGAGCACAAAUCCUGAUGUUCCACAUGCUUCCACCUGAGAAGAUAUGGUGGGCCUGAUGCAGACAGGGCCUUUCUGUUAGUGGCCCCAUAACAUAACUGCAGACCUGCUUUUCUUGGGAAGUGCAUUUUGCUCCCUCACUACCGGCGUUUGGGUGACAGGUAGAGCUUUUUUGCAGUGUAUGGAAGGUAAAUCUAAUUAGUUAGCUACCAUUGCUGGACUUUUAUGGGAUUUCUGCUGACUUGUUUUGGCUUUUACCGCUGUGGUUC